AUUGCCCUUAAACGACAAUGAGAGUUCUUUCUCUACUAAGGAAGACGUAUUCAGUACAAGGUGGUUUCGAUAGCAAAGAUAAUUAUAUUUUCUUCACUUCUUUAGCGGCUCGAAAUAUCAAAUUCACUAGCGUUUGUUAUUGUGAAUACAACAGUAAACGUAAAACAACAACAGGCAGACUUUGAUAACCCCAGCCAACAUAAACAAAAACAAACAGCAUGUGGCUUCCACCUUAUAAUGAAUACGCCAUGGAUUAUUGGGCAUGGAUUACUUUUGCACCACUGAAAAACAUACUGACAACACUGGUCACCAUAGAAGUUAGCAAAUAAACAAUGUCACCAAGCAACUUGUUAUUUUUGAAAAAAUUUGCGUUUGUUUAUGAAAUUAAACAAUUAACUUGACAUUGUUGAAAAAAAUCAAACAAAUAAAAAGUCUAUUUAAAGAAAAUGACUCUAAAUGUUGACCAAAUUUGUGAAAAGCUGCAGUUGCAGGAUCGUAGAGCCAAAAUCGAAACACUGAAAUUGUUGCAACAAAAAUGUUUGGAUGCCAAAGAUACUGCCGACAUUGAGCUGCUCCACAUUUUUGAUGAAAUCUAUUUACAUUUGUUAAAAUGUUACAGUGAUCGCUUUGAGAGCGUACGUGAUCAUGCUGUGCAGACUGUCAACAUGUUUCUGGAUUGCUUGCCUCCAAAUGAUUUCCAUUUAGUUAACAUCGUUUCCACAUUGGCAGAGCGUAUGGGUCAGCAAGAAACUCUAGAGGAAAGUGAAGAAAUUCGUUUGGUAUUUAUGCAGCAAUUACUGAAAUUAGAAACUAGUUUUAUAUCAUCGACAAACAAAUGCUGUAUGCAGGAUUGUUAUGAAGACAUUAUUCGAAUUAUGGUGAAAGCUUUAAAUGAUCCUUACCCAGCUGUUCAAAAAGAGGCAUGUGCAUGUGUUACGGCAUUAGCUUCGUCGGCAGAUACUUAUGUGUUUAAGCCAUUUGCAGAACGAUUGGCCAAGGGUCUGUAUGGAAUGUUAAAUCACAAACAUUCUCAGGCACGUAUUGCCGCUGUUCACGCAUUGAGCUAUGUUGCUUUACACAUUGAUGCCGGCGGCGAUGCUUUGUCACGUUUAAUAAUGGAAAUAUCGCCGCUGCUGAUGGAUUCCAUGCCACUUGUAAGAAGAGAAUGUGGUGAGUUAGGGGUACGAUUGUUAUUGGAAUUACGUGAUCGUUAUUCGUAUUUUGAAAGAUUGAUACCAUUGGUUUUAUGUUGCCUCAAAGAUGAUUCACCUGAAGUACAGUCAUACAUUUUGCCGUUAUGGGAAAAAUGUGGCAAGCAAUAUUAUGAUGAAAAUGAGACCGAGCUGAACAAACAAGAAUUAGCUGAUUUAAUACCUCCAAACUAUCCUCCAAAUAUAAAACGACCAACAAUCGGAUGUCGUGGUAUAGUUCAGCGUUCAUUACGUCUAUUAAAGUUAAUAGUGAGAGAAUCAAACGAUUGGAAAGAAAAUGUGCGUUUACAUUCCCUUAAACUAUUGUAUCAAUUUGUGUUGCAUGCCGAAGCAACUAUGACUGCUAAAUUCUUUGAAAUUUAUGAAGACGUUGCAAGAGCCACUAGAGAUUCCGAGCCUACAGUUAUACAAGAAGCCUUUAAGGUGUCUGACUUAAUGGGUCGUCUUUUAAAUUAUGACGAUUGGUAUGAACAUGGAUUCGAGGGUUUGGAAAGAAAUGCCAAAGAAGGCUAUUUGAAAUGUUUCUAUUACAUGUAUUCCGCUUCGUUGGGUGUACAAUUUGAACACAAUGUGCGAUUAUCUAAAAUACUGGCACAACCAGAGUACUCCCAAACUUUGAAAUGUGAUUUCCAGUUGUAUGUCUUGAAAAUGGUUGAAACUAUAUUAGAUAAAUGUAAAGGAGUUAAAGACCACAAAGAUAAGGUUGAGUUAUAUAGAAAUUGUUACUGCUCUACAAUCAAAGUUAUGUCCCUUUCUGUAGAAUCUGAACAAACAAAUUGUGAGGAACUGCAAAACAAAGCCUUAAAUAUAUUAAUAAAAAUUUGCGAUGAUUCUAACUGCAAUUUAGAUGACUUACACGAGCAGUUCUUUGUGUAUGCCUUAGAAUCUGUACAAGAUAUCGAUGCGCCGUUAGAUGCUUUAAGUGAACCAAUUUUACUUUUAUAUGGCCUGAUAAAACUGGCCAAAUUUCGUCCGACAUAUUUGAAAGAAUUGCAACAAAAGAUCAAUACAGUAUUUGAACAUUGUGCAGAUGAGUCCAAAGUUAAAAUAUUUAGUGCUGUAUCCAUUGCGAUGUUAGAUUGGAACAGUUCCAUUAGAAGAUCUUUAAUUGAGAGUUGUGAUCAUCUGAAGGAAUUUGUUAUAUCUGUAGUAGAACCCCAUCUUAUUUGGAAAGCUGGGGCAAAUGCCGAAGCAAUGCGUUCUUUAGCCACGGCCACAAUAUGCUCCCUGUCUCAAGGUGCACCAGAAGAGGCAACACAUGUUUUACCGCAUAUGGCUAAGUACAUGCCACCAUUGUUGGAAGAUCAAUCUAUAUCCACACGACACUACGCCAUUAAAUGUCUGUAUAAUUUUGGUGAAAUUGACAUUGAACAUUUAAAGCCUAUUGCAUAUGCUUGUUUACAGCGUUUAGAUGAUCCAUCAUCAGGGAUUCGUAUAUUAGCGGCAUCAGUUGUUCCGAAAUUGCAACUUCAAUUUAAUGAACAGGGCAAGAGUAACGGAUAUGAAAGUGAUGCUUGGUUGUCGUUUAUUAAAAAUUGUUUUGAUUUACUGUUCCUACAUUAUGACAGUCCAGAGGAACGCCUACAGACUGCCAUUAAAGACACCAUAAUUGAGUUGGGUAAAAGGUAUCCGAAAAUACUAAAUGACUCUUAUAAACGCACCAUGGUUGCUACUCACAAUUGUUACAAUUUAAAAGAACUUGAAAAACAUCUCCCAACCAAUUAGAUUUUCUAUAAUUUAUUAACUUCUACAUUUAUACUACUUUAUUUUAAAUAAAUUGUAUCAAUUUUAACAAACAA